CCAGCAACAAACCUGGUCUCCCCACACCAUAAAUGGAGGAGAGUUUCCUGGUUUUUGUCUUCCUCUAGUUACUCAUAUCCCUUCCUUUCUGUUUCGACCUCACCACCUUCUUCCCCUGAGAUUUUCUGAGGAAAAUCUUCCUCCAGGGAGAAGCAAGAAAAGGAGAAAAAUCAUUGUAGCUUGGAGAGAGAGAGAGAACGAUUUCAAUUCAUAGAUAAUAGAUUCGCGUCCCUUAUCUCUUUGCCUGCCUUCAAUUCAAUGUCGAACAACACAAGCGGCGACAGUGGAAGCUUCUCGACAGAGAACGCCGGAGACGGUGUCGGAAAACGGCAGUCGGAGCUACUCGGUCAGUUUCACAGUCCAAAUUCUCUUACUUCAACGACAACUAAUAGCAAUGGUUCCAACACACCUCCCCCUCCACCUCCUAAGAAGAAGAGAAACCUGCCAGGAAAUCCAGAUCCGAGCGCUGAGGUGAUAGCUCUAUCGCCAACCACCCUAAUGGCCACAAACCGAUUCAUCUGUGAGAUUUGCAACAAAGGGUUUCAGAGGGAUCAAAACCUGCAAUUGCACCGGCGAGGCCAUAACCUGCCAUGGAAGCUCAAGCAAAGAACCACCACGGAAGUUCGAAAGAGGGUCUACGUUUGUCCUGAAACAUCGUGUGUACACCACAACCCAGCCCGAGCACUUGGUGACCUCACUGGCAUUAAGAAGCACUUCUGCAGAAAGCAUGGAGAGAAGAAGUGGAAGUGUGACAAAUGCUCAAAGAAAUACGCCGUUCAAUCUGACUGGAAAGCCCACUCUAAGAUCUGUGGAACCAAGGAAUACAAAUGUGACUGCGGCACUAUCUUUUCGAGGAGAGAUAGUUUCAUCACCCAUAGAGCUUUCUGUGACGCACUAGCUGAGGAGAAUAACAAAGCCAGCGAAAGACAAGCAAUGCAAGGAAUGAGCCCGAGCUUUCGGCCGGCGGGGCAUCAAAUUCAGAACCUGGUUUCUUCAUUACCAGUCAAUAAUACCAAUAACAUCCCGAACCCACAAGCCGGGAAGAUUAUGGACAACAACAAUAACAAUAAGCAUCCAAUGUCGUCACUGUUUCAGGAGCUCAUGCCAAUGCCUGCAAAUAAACCAUUAAACCAUAAUAUGAAUGCAGGAAACCUAUUCACGAGAAGCCUCUCUUCUAGUUCCUCGACACCUCCUCUUCAACUCAAUUCAAAUUCACCCAACGUCGUCUUUGAAGAAAAUGGGCACCACCAACUACCGCUACCGGCAGCAGCUGCUCCCUCGCAUCUCAUGUCUGCGACGGCGCUGCUGCAGAAAGCCGCCCAAAUGGGUGCAACUGUGAGCAGCUCGUCGUCCAUGGCGGAAAAGGGCUUCGUGACGAGCAUGGCGCCUCCGUCAUAUGGUCCCAACGGGCUUUCCUUCAUGAACCACUAUAUGCAGAAUGGGCAAGAGGAUCAUAUCUCCGGUCAGUAUUUAAAUGCGAACGGGAGCCUGGGAAUGAACGGUGUGGAUAUGUUUAACGCUAUCUUGGACCAAAGCAAAGCUUUCUCGAAGAUCAUAGAGGAAAAUAACCGGAGCAAUAAUGGAGUUUUGCAUGGUGGGGCAAGUGGUGGGGCUAUUAACAUGGAUGCAACUAAGGGAAGUGGGGAUGUGCUGACUCUGGACUUCAUGGGAAUAGGAGGAGGAGGAGGUUCACAUGCAAGUUUCUACGGAAACCAACACCAACAGCGAGAGAAGGGUGCAAUUACAGGAGAUGAGAUCUGGAGAAGUUGGUCCAUGAAGAAUGCCGGAUUUGAGUCAUUCUCAGCAACAAGCAGCAUCAACUGAAGAAGGCCAUUAGGGUUAAUUAAUGCUCAACAAUAACUCCUUUCUGGGGCGUGACAUCUGUCAGCUCUCAGUUUGAUUGCUUAUUUAAUUUUUCUUAAUUUCAUCCUUUUUUUUCCUAAGAAAAUGUUUCUUCUCACCCAUAGUCAUAGUGUAUAAAUCAUGGAACAAAUAUCUAGAGUGGCUUGCGAAAGAGCAGGUCGAUCGAUCAUAUUGGUUCAUUUUGCCAUGAGAUGCCCUAGGGUAGAAUCUGCCAUAAAUUAGUGUUCGAUAUUUGUGCUGAAUUGAUGGUCAAGUAGUACUUGUUCAAUGCGGACGCUAUAUAUAUAGAAUAUAUAUUUGAUUUCAUAACGUUUCAAUAA